CAAAAUUAAACAUUUUGCAGAAUUUUGGAAAAUAUAGUCAUUUUUAUUUUUUUGCUUCGCGUAAUGUGUAUUCAGGGCAAUAUGUUGCUGUCUGGUACCUCGACGGCUUCCGUCAGUUGCGUUGUCAACAGCACCAAAACACCAGCAGGUUGCAUGAGCCACGACAGACGGCGAGUUUCACUUCUCUCUGUGUGGGUCCCAUCAACUCAUCUUUAAUAAAACAUGUCUACGUUAAAAAACGGCAGGUAACCUAAAUGCGCAUCAUGUGUUCGUUUGAUGAUACGUUUUCAAAAUCAGUGUAGGCUACGUUUAAAAUCACUGCGCGUAAAAUUAGCCCUAUCUCUAUAACAGAUGCUGCUUCACCGGCACUUUAAAACAGAUCGAGAGGCAAUGCGGUGAUAAAUCCAGGCAUGCUCAGCUCCAAUCUCCAUAUAUAUUCUGCCAUAUAUGUCGUCAAUUGAGUAUUUAUAUUUAAAGAUGGGAUGAGUUGCGUGUCUUUGCUGCUUUUAGUUAUUAUAAGCAGUUAGGAAUUACAUUUAGGCUAUUCCCGAUUAAUGCAUUUAACUGUAGGACACUGGAGAGCUUUUGUGCCUGGAGCCACUCCUGUCCCGUUAGAUUAGAGAGACAUUUAGCACAUUCAUCACUUGAAAGCAUAUUUAUGAUGUUUUGGUUAUAAUCAUGGACUCAACAUCCUUGUGUCUCCACAUUAGUUUAUCUAGCUCCAUGUUUGUCAGUUUUAUUUAUGCAGUAUGCGCCUUUGUGGUUUUAUUUGGAGAACACCAGAUGGUCCAUGUUAGCUCUUCGUGCUAGUAGAUUACCCUGUUAUAAUUCACCAUUCUAAGAUGACAUAACAAAUCAUUCGAGCGUUAAUGUUAGAUUAUUACACGAUCACACUAUGAGCGAAUGCUACCAGAAAGUGAAAAGUGAGCUCCAGCAAAUGAAGGCGCCUGGAGAUGCUGUGGAGACCGAGGCCUCGGAGGAGCAGCUGUCACCGGCCUUACAGUCUUCUGUACCCGCUGAUGUCCCCACUUCUCGGAGAGACAUUUCCAGGAGUGGCAUAAACGGGAGAAGUCGGAGUAAAAGCAGGAGCAAAGCGGACGGCAAACAAGUGUCGGAUAUGAAGUCGGAUAAUUUACGAGAGAAAGCAACAAACCGUGUAAGCAAUGAGCAACACCUUCAGGUUAAGGGGACGGGAAAGAUUUUAAGGAGUAAAUGUGCUGCAAACGGUCACGUUGAGUCAUGCCCGGGACAAACCGAUGGAAAAUGUGAGGAUCGUGGCAGAGAGGAUGGGAGCAAAGUUGUCAAAAAGAGAAGAACUGUGACAGUGGACAUAUCUAAAGCGAAGACGUCCCUCGAAGCGCUUAAACUCAGCAUCAGGGAACUGAAGUGGAAAGAGUUUCCGAUGGGUAGGCGGACAGCCUGUGAUAUCUACUGGCAUGGUGUCUCUUUUCAUGACACCGAAAACAUAGUUUCUGGGCAAGUCAACAAGUUUCCAGGAAUGAUAGAGAUGCUGCGGAAGAUCAAUUUGAGCCGUGCGGUUCGUACCAUGCAGGAGCUGUUCCCAGAGGAGUACAACUUCUACCCACGCUCCUGGAUACUGCCUGAGGAAUAUCAGCUCUUCUCCACACAGGUUCGUCUCCUGAAAGAUAAUGAAUCCACCCUCAAACCCACUUUUAUUGUGAAACCAGACAGCGGUUCCCAGGGCGACGGCAUCUACCUCAUCCGUGACCCUGCUGACCUUCGGGUUAUCUCAGGUUCUCAGAUCAAGCAAGCGGUCGUUCAAGAAUACAUCCAGAAGCCCCUUCUCAUCGAUAAACUGAAGUUUGAUAUCCGCCUAUAUGUUCUGGUCCGUUCACUGGACCCUUUGGAAAUCUACAUCGCUAAAGAGGGUCUGUCCAGGUUCUGCACCGAACCCUACCAGGAGCCCUGCCAGAAAAACCUCAGUCAUGUUUUUAUGCACCUUACAAACUAUUCCCUUAACGUGCACAGUGGCAAUUUUGUCCAUUCUGACAGCUGCAGCACAGGCAGUAAACGCACAUUUUCCAGCAUUCUCUAUCGCCUGGCAUCUAAAGGAGUGGACAUCAAGAAAGUUUGGUCUGACAUUAUUGCUUUGGUUAUUAAGACAGUAAUUGCACUUGUGCCUGAACUGAAAGUUUAUUACCAAGCGGAUAUACCACCAGGCAAACCAGGACCUACAUGUUUUCAGAUCCUGGGCUUUGACAUCCUGCUGAUGAAGAACUUGAAGCCUUUUUUACUGGAGGUCAAUGCAAAUCCCAGCAUGAGGAUAGAACAUGAACAAGAGGUGUCAGCUGGUGUGUUUGAAUAUGUACCCAGUCCAGUCGAUGAAGAGGUGAAAGUUGGGGUAAUAAGAGAUACACUGCGACUCAUGGAUCCCGCUCAGAGGAAACAACACAUAACGUCAAAUAUGGGUGCUGGUUCUCCGGAGGACGCUAUUGUUGUGGAGGCUGGAAGUGAUGAGAAAGAAGGCCUGGCAGAUUCACUUCCAUCUUUGUGUUUAAAGCAAGUCUUCCCUAAAUACACCAAGCAGUUUAAUUACCUGAGGGUAGUUGAACGCAUCGCUGCCAUUUUCCUGCGCUUUCUUGGUGUCAAAGGAAACAUGAGAUUGGGCCCGACCGGAUUUCGCACCUUCAUAAGGAACUGCAAGCUGAGCAGCAGCAGCUUCUCAAUGGCUUCGGUGGACAUCCUGUACAUCGACAUCACUCGUCGCUGGGCUGGAACGCUCCCCGACUCCAGAGAAGCAGGGAUGUGUCUUCAGGCAUUUAUUGAGGCCUUUUUCUACUUGGCAGCCCGCAGGUUCAAGGCCUUACCUCUUCGGGAGCAGGUGAGCUCUUUGCUGGAGGUGUGUGAGAUGUCCCUCGAGGGGCAGGGCCACAGUGAGAAACCACGACCUCACAGAACACACGCACAUGCUAACCUCACCUCCGCUCACUCAUCAGCUCUACCCAUGCUCAACUCCCCCGCGCUGAUGCGCCGGCAUCAAGACCACCUACGGCAUCAUCCAUUGCAACUUUCUGCCAAGGGAAAUACAGACAACUGACAAUCUUCAUAUGACUGUUUGGAAACCGUUGAAGGAAACGUGGACUUUAUUUAAAUAAAGUUUGAAGUAUGAAGCUGAAUAGAUGAACAGAUUAUUAUAAUAUUAGUCACAGAGGCACGUUAUGGACAAUAGUUUGUGCAAUAGUAAAGGUAUGGUUCUCCCCCCUACAAAAACUCAUAUAUGUUCUAAACAACAUGAGGUUCAGUAAACACCAGAAUUUUCAUUUUGGGGCAAACUGUCCCUUUAAAAGGCAUAUAGAUGGCUCAGAUGAUCAUAACUUAAACAUACAACACAGAAAUGUAGGCACUACACAGACAAAUAAUGUAAUGGAUGAUAUGACUGGUGGUGUGUGUGUUUUGUCACUUAAUUUAGUGCUAGAGAGUGAAUUUGCAUGAGCAUGUGACUUUUGUUGCAUUGCUCAUACAUGCUUAACCUUCAGGUAAUACGAGUAGCAUUUGUGUAAACCGAGGAUCCCGUGAGAAUAUUACAGAGAUUUAGUGUUUCUUAAAGGAAUAGGAUAUUGUCGUAAUGCCACUCCACUUCAGAAAAGCAGCUAAUUAUCCAAAAUGACCACUAAGAUUUGGAAAUGGCGUCGAUACCAGGAUGACACCAAGUGCACUAAACAUUUAUGAAUUUGUAAGAUUUUAUUUAUAAAAAAUGUUGAGAGAUUUGUUGUGUUUUUUACUUUGGUUUUGCUGGUGGAUUUGGAGCAGUGUAGGUAGAAAUUAUGAAAGAUUUAAUAAAAAUAAUUUAAACCAGAAUUAGGAUAAUUGUGUAUAAGUUAAUUACAAAAUGUAACCUAUAUUUAAUAUUGCAACUACAGGCAUCCACAUAUAAAGUUAUAAUAUAAAAAAGGAGGUUCAUGAGAGAUGUACUUUUGAUGGUCAAGUUGAAUAAAGACUGCAUUGAAGA